GAUUACUGUCUUGAGGAGGAUUAUUGCAAUAGACAGGGCCUGUAUAUGAGUAUGACAGACGAUCAUACGUACAGGCGUUUUUCUCCCACGUAUUCACCAACGCUGUCCCUAUUUAGUGACAGGCAUUAGCAAACAGUAAUUAGACGACGACAUCCAGAGUUUUGUUUCGCUCGUCGCGAUUCAACCAUCGAUAAAUCAGUUGUACGGCCAAUGAGACCACAACCACCCCCACUCCUUAUAGUGUAGGCGCUUCCUUAAGGAUAAAUCCGGGAACAGCCGUCCUACCAACGGUCUUCUUGUUAUAAUGUUAUCGCUUCUCUUCGACAAUUCAGUUGUGCGCUACCAGUGGCAGCUUCAUUCAUCUUUACAAAUGUUCUUCCAAUCACUGCUGGCAAUCUUAUUACUACAAUCAUCGCUAGCUGCACAUAGCAAGGACAACAUCUUCAAUUACGAUGAAACGGAUAAUCCGCAAUACCCAGUGCGCUACUUCAACCCGAAUGAUGAACCGGGUUCCAAAUUAGGAGGGCUGCUGAUGAAAUAUGAUAGGAGUAGAGACUGGUAUAAAGACUCAGACUUUGGGUUCGAAGAUGAAGCAGCAGACAGCGUGGACAAAAGAGAGAGAAAUGGUAAUUAUAUGAGGUUUGGUAGAGAUAAUACGCAGCAUCUGAGGUUUGGAAGAAACCAAGCUCGAGCUGUGAGGGAUAAGGAAAAUUUCAUGAGGUUAGGAAGGGGGUUUUCUGAGAUGGAAAAAGACCGAAGAAAACGAAGAACUAUGCAGGAAGCAAUCAAGAGGAACGACGACUUUUUGAGGUUUGGAAGAGACGGGACUUUCUCGUGAUUCCAGGCGCAAGCCGAAUACUUAACUGAUUUGUGAAAAUGAGGUCUCAUACUGGAUUUGAUGCAACGCCGUAAUUAAACAGUGUGUAUUUGCAACGUGUAUUUUAUUUUUGUUAUUAUUUUUGUAUUAUACAUAUAUGAUAAUAAAAUAAAAAAGGUUUUGGUGUUAAGUCAUAGAAAUGUUUUAUUGAGUAGUGGCAACCACAGACAAUUGUAAGGUAAAUGUAGGAAUUGGAG